UUAGCACAUAGACGGAGAUGCCGGAGGAUAUCACGAGACACAGAUAGCACCAGAGAGACGGAGAGAAUCUUUCCGCGCGAAAAACAAGAACAGAUCGAGAGAGAGAAAGCUGGAAGCAUAUGUCUUCGUCGAAUGAGUAGAAAACUGCAACCACCUUCUCUUCUUUCUCUAGCGAUUGAGUCUGGUAUUCGUAAUAUCUCUCGUAUCCCCGAUCUUUCUCCUCUUCCUGAUCAUGUCGUCUUUGACCUCUUCCAGGGAACAGUGAGAGAAGGAAAGCUGAAUGACAAGAUUCUGAAAGUGUUUAUAGCUACUGACAACAAAGAAGUUUUAACCUACAUUCAAAAGCUUGGUAUUAAGCGUGUCGUUCUUCCAGUUCUCCCAACUAGAUGUUCUGGAAAGUUUGAGUUUUAGUGUUGUUGGCAUUCGAAGAGCUGUCUGAUAAUUUUAUAAUUCAAAAGGGUUGCUUGCCGGUGGUUUUUGCAAUUCUUGUUUCGCUUUUGGCUUGGUUUUUACUUUGUGUCUAGACAAAAUGUCAGAUUCUGCUGUGCCAGAUAAUGAAGUUGAUGUGGUAAUUGCUGUGCUUGGAGCAGACAUUUCAUCCUUUUUGGAGGAAUGGAGGGCAUUCUUUUCACGUUUCCAUUUGAUCAUUGUCAAAGAUCCUGAUCUGAAGGAUGACCUAAAAAUACCUAAUGGCUUUGACCAUGUUGUUUACACAAAA